AUGAAUCCGCGCUGGACGACGAAGAUAUACGUCAUCAUCGAUAUCGGAUCUUUCGUAUGCCAGAUCAUGGGGUCGGCGAUGCAAGCUUCCGGUGACCCGGACGGAGUGAAGACUGGAACCACCGUCGUCAUCGCAGGACUGGGUACGCAAUUGGUUGCUUUCGGCUUCUUCAUCCUAAUGGCGGUGGUAUUUCAUCGAAGGUUAAACAACGAACCUACCAGCACGUCACGGCGAACACAUGUCAAGUGGCGCCGCUACAUGUGGGCUUUGUACAGUGUCAGUGUGCUUGUCGUUGUGCGGAGCAUUUUCCGGCUGGCGGAGUUUGUCGAGGGGCCAGAAAUCACAAAGCUAAGAGAUCUGUCAGAAAAUAUCGCCUCCAUCAUUGUCAGCAAACAGUCCAAGGAUCUCUCCAAGGCGGGAAUAACCGAUGUGUAUGUCAUGAGCCGCAACUUGAACACCACCGCAGUCAACGGUACCGCAGCCAGCGGUCCGGCGUAUCUCCGCAUCUUCGUCCAUAUCGACUACCAAUCGAUUACAGUUGUCAAAGCGAAGAUCGGGAAUGGGAAGAACGCGAUCGGUGCGCUUAUCGACGAGGUGGACAAGGUCAUCGAGAGUCUCAUGGAAGAGUCAUAG